CGGGCCAAUUCUCCCUAACCCCCGCAGAGGAGACUCACAUCCAGGGAACGGGCUAAUGGCGGCCGGCAACUCCGUGCUGCUCUGACACUAAAUUCAAAACGGCACAUUACAUCAGUUUCUGAUAUUCUUAAGGGGAAGGGUGUUUUUGAUAAUUAUACGCGGCACUCAUUUCAAUCGGGAAAGAACGUGUACGAAAAUAAGCUACUAUACCCGCGGGGAUUUUCCUCUUUUUGAAAAAUGGAUGAACACCCCGGAGGAGGAGUAGGAGCAGGAAUGGCCGCUCAGAGACAACAGCCAUCUCCACAGCAGGGGAAUAAUAAUACCGUUAAUCCCCUAACCGAGGGAGGAGGCGGUGCCGUAAUGGGACCGCAACAGCAGGACGAGAUGCCCCGGCCUCAGCAAUAUACUAUCCCGGGUAUUCUACACUACAUCCAGCACGAAUGGGCCCGCUUCGAGAUGGAGAGGGCGCACUGGGAAGUCGAGAGGGCCGAACUCCAGGCCCGAAUAGCAUUCCUACAAGGAGAAAGGAAAGGUCAGGAAAAUCUGAAAAAUGACCUAGUCAGAAGAAUAAAAAUGUUAGAAUAUGCAUUAAAGCAAGAAAGAGCAAAGUAUCACAAAUUAAAAUAUGGCACAGAACUCAAUCAAGGUGAAGUAAAGAUGCCUAGUUUUGAAACAGAAGAAACCAAAGAAUCUGAGAUCCCUGCUGUACCUCAAAACAGUCAACUGACUUGGAAACAAGGCAGACAGCUGCUCAGACAAUAUCUUCAAGAGGUAGGUUACACGGACACAAUUCUAGAUGUGCGAUCUCAGCGAGUCCGGUCGUUACUGGGUCUGUCUGGUUCCGAGCAGAAUGGCUCAGUGGAAACCAAGAACCUGGAGCAGAUUCUGAAUGGAGGAGAUGCACCUUCCAAACAAAAGGGACAAGAUAUGAAAAGGAAUACAGAUGUUCUGGAAACAUUUAACUUCUUAGAAAAUGCUGAUGACAGUGACGAAGAGGAGGAUGAGGAAGAAGAUCUGGUGGAUGAUAUCUCGGACAGGACGGAGAAGCACAGAAUAAACAAACACAAAAUAAAGAUUGGAAAUGAAGGCCUGGCGUCGGACCUGCCUGACGACCCCGACACGGAAGAAGCCCUGAAGGAAUUUGACUUCCUGGUGACUGCAGAGGACGGGGAGGGGGCUGGGGAGGCACGGAGCUCAGGGGACGGGACAGAGUGGGCUGAGCCACUGCCUUUCCCCACCAGCGGCGGUAAGUCCUUCAUCAUGGGCUCUGACGAUGUUCUGGAGAGCGUCCUGGGCCUGGGGGACUUGGCUGACCUAACAGUCUCCAACGACGAGGCUGAAUACAGCUAUGAUCUGCCAGCCAAUAAGGACUCGUUCAGGAAGACAUGGAAUCCCAAGUAUACACUGCGCAGCCACUUUGAUGGUGUGCGAGCCCUGGCCUUCCACCCUGUGGAGCCUGUCCUGGUGACUGUCUCUGAGGACCACACCCUCAAACUGUGGAACCUGCAGAAGACCGUUCCAGCUAAAAAAAGUGCCUCUUUUGAUGUGGAGCCUGUUUACACGUUCAGAGCUCAUGUAGGGCCUGUUCUCUCCUUGGCUGUAAGCUCCAGUGGGGAGCAGUGCUUCAGCGGGGGCAUCGACUCCACCAUACAGUGGUGGAACAUCCCCAGCUCCAAUGUAGACCCUUACGAUACCUACGAUCCAGGGGUUCUGGCAGGAACGUUGCAGGGACACACGGAUGCCGUGUGGGGGCUGGCCUACAGUGGGAUCAAGAAUCGCCUGCUUUCAUGCUCGGCUGACGGAACAGUCCGGCUCUGGAACCCCCCAGAAAAAUCUCCCUGCGUCAGCACUUUCAACUCAGACAAGGGGCAUGGCAUUCCCACCGCUGUGGAUUUCAACGUCUGUGACCCUGCCCACAUGGUGGCAUCCUUCAACACAGGAAACACCGUCAUCUAUGACCUGGAGACAUCUCAGCCUGCAGUGGUGUUCUCCACUGAGAAUGCACUCCCUGCUGCCAACUACAUAAACCGGGUGGUGAGUCACCCGACCCUGCCUGUCACCAUCACAGCCCAUGAAGACAGACACAUCAAGUUCUUUGACAACAAAACAGGUAAACUCAUCCAUGCCAUGGUGGCUCACCUGGAUGCAGUCACCUGCCUGGCUGUGGAUCCCAAUGGGAUUUAUCUCAUGUCAGGAAGCCAUGACUGUUCCAUCCGCCUGUGGAACCUGGACAGCAAAACCUGCGUGCAGGAGAUCACUGCCCAUCGGAAGAAGUCUGACGAGUCCAUCUAUGACGUGGCCUUUCACCCGUCCAAGGCCUUCAUCGCCAGUGCAGGGGCUGACGCCCUGGCCAAAGUGUUUGUGUAAGAGCCCACGCUGGGAGGACGUAGAUGGACAGACUGCUUCACUGCCUUGUGUGAUGAUUGUACCAUUUAGACACUACACAAGACCACCCCUGCCCGAUGUGUGCAAGCCGCACUCUGGAGAGGAGCCAGGCCCAAGAAAUGGGGCAGGGGGUGAGGGGGGAUAGGUGUGACUGCUUCAGUUUUACCUGAGUUUUCAAACUAAUUAAUUUAACUGUAAUUACUGUAUGUUAAAGCAGGAGAAACCAGUAUUUGUAGCCUUUGACUGGGUUUGGACUGAGCCUAAUAUCUGUUCUGUAGGUGUGUUUCAGUGAACAUGGUGUCUUCCGUUCACAACAGCAGGUAUGGCGGGCCAGGUGACAAGGGGUGCGUUUGUCUGAGACUAUGACCCCGUCCUUGCUCUGCCCAUCAAGACCCACGUCAACGUUGCAUGAGCACACAUCGCCCUCUCCACCCCCAUGUAGCGCAAAAACAAUACACGUAAACUAAAUUGUCUGCUUCUUACAUUUGCAUUAGAUUCAGGUUGUUUUCUUGCAUAUAAAUAUAGUUUUUAUAAGCUUUUUUUAUAUAAAUAAAGCCUGUCUUGACAGUGCAGAAAAUGUAAAAAAAAAAAUUAUAUAUAUAUAUAUAUAUGUAUGUGUGUGUGUAUAUAUAUAUAUAUAUAUAUAUAUAUAUAUAUAUAUAUAUAUAUAUAUAUAUAUAUAUAUAAAAAUAAAAAAAAUAAAAAAAAUCCUGUCUCCUACCCCACUGGUUUGCACCAGUCUUGACCACCCAUUUCACUGCUCCCAUACACUCACCCCUUCCCUGUCAUUCAAAUGUGGGUGCGUCCUGACCCUAUGGAUGCUAUCUCUCGAUCUGACAUUGCUUUAGAAGCAUCUUAUCACAUGAGCAAAGACUAGGAAAGAAACGCAGUUCAUGGUUUUUUAUGAACUCUUAAACAAUAAACCGCAGCAUCCUAUCACUAUGUGAUAUAUUUGUACAUCUUACUGUAUUUACAAGUUUAUUUAUCAAGGGUUAGACAUCUUAAUGCUAUAGGCUCAUUAUUUAUUUCACUUUCUGUUAGUCUUAUCCUUUUCUUUUUUAACUACGGUAUGUCACCAAUAGUAACUAAGUUCUUUCAUGCAAGCAGAACAGAAAAGGAGGGCCUUUAAUUUAAUGUAAACAUCUUUAUUUAAACACAAUAGAAUUUUAUUUGAAGACUAAUGAUGGGGUGAGCCACCCCCCACCCCCCACCCCCCCCCACCCCCCAUCUACCUACAGACUGAAGUUAAAGAAGGGGGGACUUUUUAUUUUUAUUUUAUUUUUAGAUGUGGGAAAUGGAAUGGACAAGCGUUGAGAAUUAAUCACGGUUCAUAAUCUGCUGUUUGUUUAACGCUAUCCCUUCUUUUAUUUUAUAAGAUUAUUUUAUUUUUGAAAAUACUUCAAUUCAUGGUGUAACUAAAGAUUUUUUUGUUUGUGUAAUGCAUGACUAAUAGCCUACAAUAAAGUAUUUUUUCUAGUCUUCCACAAAAAAGAUUUCUGAUCAGUUUGCGAGUUUUGAUGAGUUUUGUACGUUUUCUGUUUUACAAACUAUGAAUCAGCGGAUUUUUAAGAUUGUACCACAUAGCAAAAUACAGCUGUUGAAAAUGUAUAUAAAAUGUCUAUAAUAAAUAUUAAAUGGUGUACCUGUA